AUGGAUUCUUACCCGGAGAAGAACAAUGUUUACGAAACUAAUGGGUCUUCCGAUUCGAAUGACGAACCAGAAAACCUCGAGGAGUCUACCGAUUUUAUUAUUUGGUCAAACGUGUUCAAAUGUAAUGUUGUGAACGGGGUACUUGCACCGGAUCCGAUAUCCUGCGUACCCCUAGAUCAAAAUAGUCCCGAUGAAUCAUCCGAAUACGAGGAGGAACCAGAACCGGAACCGGAACCGGAAUCAGGCCUGGAUGAAUCGAACGGCGACAGAAAGGGUAGAAAUGCAGGAAACAAAAAAUUAAUGUUCAAACUUUAUAAGUUUGCAAAUGCUUUUGAGCAAUAUCUCCUGGAAAAGCACGAGGUGGAAACAGGGAAUAUAGAUAGAUGUCACGUGCAAGCGUACGAGAAUAAUGGAAGCUGGAAAGUGGGAGUGCACAAACUUGCAACAGGAGACCAUGUGGUGCAGCCUGUCUUAGAGGAUCCUACCCCUCCUCCAUUCCUUAAGAUAUAUCCAUUGUCCUUACAAGAUCGGCUUUUCGGAUGGACGGUCGAGAUUAGAAAACGAAGAAGCACCGGAAAAGACGAUAAGUUUUACUAUCACGGGAGUAGACAAUUUCGAUCAUUUAUCGAGGUGGCAACAUAUAUAAUGUACUCAAGCAAAGUGAAGAACCUGCAGAAAGUUAUAGCUAGUCCUAAUGAUCAAAAUCCGUCACAAGAUGAUCCCGUAAGUAGUUAAUUAAUUAAUUCCCAUUUUUUGAAAUUUUAAUUUUCUCGUAUGUUAUAUAAUUUUAUUUUUAUAAUCCGAUUGAGUUAAUUUUGACCAUUUUGUGUUUCAUGUAGUAAGUAGUAAUUGUCACAAAUCGACAUCUGUUUUGUUGCUAUAUUGCGCAGGAGGCGGAAGCUAUUGAGGCGAUGAUGAGAAUAUCGUCAUCAUCCCGGGCAACCACUAGCAUUAGU